GACUCGUAUUUGUUUUACACACUCCGGCCAGGAUCCUUACAAUAGUCACACAGAUUUGAUCCAUUUGGCCGCAACUGCAAUAACACGGCAAAAUGUGUCAACCGUACACCCUCAACUGGAUCGCGACGGGGUUCUGACCCGAUCCGCUUUCAAUGCUGUUGAAUCCGGCUGUGAGUUUUUAAUUACGGUUGGUUUCAGCGGAGGAGUUUGACAUGUCUGUCGCGGCCGGUGGAGGGACGCAGUGCGCGGGGCUGGGCGCUGCCGCCGCCCCGGGCUGCUGCUCCUCCUCGUCGUCGUCGGGAUCCGGAUCUGUCGCGUUAUUAGGCGGAGGAUCGGGAAUCGCGGGCCGGUUACCCAGCCGAGUACUCGAGCAAGUCUUCUCCUAUCUGGAUCUGUCGGAUCUGAGUAACUGCUCGUUGGUGUGCUGGCACUGGUACAACUGUCUGGCGGAUGAAAACAGUGAGGUGUGGCGGAGUCUGUGCGCCCGGGUGCUCAGUGAUGAAGCGAUGCGCUCUGAUAUCCUCUGCAACAUCACCACUUAUAAAGAUAAACUAAAGUCCUUCCAGCACGCCCUGAGCUCUCACGACUGCUCCAGGAACGUAUACAUCAAGAAAAAUGGGUUCACGUUGCAUCGCAACCCUAUCGCCCAAAGCACCGACGGUGCCCGCGGAAAGAUCGGCUUCUCGGAGGGUCGGCAUGCUUGGGAGAUCUGGUGGGAGGGACCUCUUGGUACGGUGGCGGUGAUCGGCCUCGCGACCAAGAGGGCUCCCAUGCAGUGCCAGGGUUAUGUGGCACUUCUAGGCAGCGAUGACCAGAGCUGGGGAUGGAAUUUAGUAGACAAUAAUCUGCUUCAUAACGGAGAGGUCAAUGGGAACUUCCCCCAGUGUAACAACGCACCAAAGUACCAGAUCGGGGAGAGAAUCCGUGUGAUCCUAGACAUGGAUGAUAAGACACUAGCCUUCGAGCGAGGUUUUGAGUUCCUUGGCGUGGCAUUCAGAGGCCUGCCCAAAACCUGCCUCUUUCCUGCUGUCUCAGCCGUGUACGGAAACACUGAAGUGACAAUGGUAUACCUAGGACGACCUCUGGAUGGAUAAGGUGGAUCUUGGUGCCACUAGGGGAACGCUGCUUGGCACAGUUUCACAUUUGGACUUAGAAACAGGCCGUCCUGGGAGAAUCAGUUGUUGUUGUUGGAUAGGGCCUGUUGAAGGUGAGGAUGUCCGACAUACAUCUGCGAAACUCAGUUAAAUGUCUAUUUACUUUUAGUCCUUUUGGUGACCUGGGACACUUUUUUUAACCUGAUUUAAAUGAAAUUUAAGAACUGCACAGGGGCAGCUGUUCGCUUUUAUUAAAUAGGUUAAAAGCCAAAUUAUAGAUCAGACAUGUGGCAACAUUUUAUAAUAACUUGAAAUUUUACACGCAUGGAGUGACUGUGAAGAGGACUGUGUUAUCUGAAGACCACGAUGGGUCAGACUUCCAAACAAAUAUACAAACGUACAUGUAGGUAAAUGUCAUGAAGACCACACGCCAAAAUGACGUACCGAUAUCUUACUGUUUUAUUCCCCAGAGCAGUUAUCUGCAUGCAGUAUAUGCGUCUCUUCCUCUGAUUUUUAUUUUUUAAGGACAGGCAAAGGUAGUUUGUUGUUAUUCUAUUUGUUACUGUACAUUUUAACUGUGAUGUAGAAGUGUAUAGUAUUUAUUUAUUAAGGUCUAUCUUUGCUAUAACUGAGGGUAUGGAGACUACAAAUAAACUCUAAAUUGUGCCAGUC